UUGCUCUUUCAGUUCUGCCACUUCAACUCGUCAUCACAACCAAGCAAUUCCUCUAUCACAGUUCGCUUCGAACGAGGACUUCCUAUAUUGAAUAUACCGCUUCCAUCAAGGCAAGAGCCAUGCCAGUUUUCUCUACGCCCCCUCACCGACAAUGUUGGUGGGUUUUGUGAACAGCUUCAACAUGAAGAUCGUGGACUGGACCACGUUGCUUUAUAUACUAAAGGUAUGAUUCCCCUUCGUAACAAAGGCAAUCUUUUCUUUUGGACUUAUGGUGUUCGAAUCGCAACGUCAACGUCUAUAGAGCAUCUACUGCAGUUUGGUUCGUUCCGGUUACGGUUGAAUGACAAAUACUACGAUGUCACUAUAUCCGCCGAGAAUUUGAACUACGAUUCAAGCAGCGACAUGGAAAGGCGACUGAUUCAACAGUUGGAAAAGGCCGAAUCGGAGCUACGACCACUUCACGAGAAGAAGCUUCGGAUAGAGAGAGACUGCGAUGCGCACGCUGAACGUGUAAUGUGGGCAGGAUUCGCAGCCAUGGGAAUACAAACAGGUGAAUGUGCAGAUAAACCGGUUUCAUACUUUGAAAUAUCCCAUAUUUUGAAUCAGAAAUCUCUUAUACUUUUUAGUAUUUUCGCGCGGUUGACCUGGUGGGAAUAUUCUUGGGAUAUUAUGGAACCGGUUACGUACUUUGCUACAUAUUCCACUGUCAUAGCUACAUUCGGAUACUUUCUCUAUACACGACAGCCUUUCGAAUACCCCAGCGUUCGAGAACGAGUUAUGACCAAGCAAUUCUAUAAGCGAGCUGUUAAAGAAGGAUUUGAUAUUGAAAGGUACAAUAGCCUUGUGACGGAGGUUUGUCCUUCUUAUCCUAAGUUGUUAGCUUCCGUUUCCACUUUUAGUGGUGUUUUGCUGAUCGACAUUUCAAAAGUAGAGAGCGUUCGAAAGCAACUGGCUCGUAUUCGAGAUCCGCUCUUCCAACAUCUUCCUGUCAGCUAUCUCACAAAAUUAGAUGAUGUAUUAUCUAAGAGCAGCGUGGAAACGACAAAGCAUUCAUCUGAUAGCCAUUCAUUCCAGUAA